UAUCAUAACCUACUUUUCGUAUUCCAUUACAUUAAAAUUACCAGGCAAUAACACACCUCCCCAACAACAUUUGGCAAGAAAAUAGAAAUUGAAAAUGUGAACAACUACAGUUUCCACACACAAAAAAGUCCUGGUUUUCAAUAUUUUCUAAAUUAUCGCUAUUACCUUGGAGCACGGAAGUUGGGUUUUGCCAGAAUGUCGCGUGGCGAUCGUCUUCGGGAACAGCUGUUCCUUCUGGAAUUUGUGCUACAGAAGCUCUGCAUACCAGAAUGCCUGCUGAAGAAGCAGCCGCGACUGCGGCUGAAAUUCGCCGAUUUUUCAUGCAUCGAGCUACAGUCUGAAGGUCGCGGCAAGCGAUGCCUGUUCUCGAUGCCGGCGCUGGAGCUGGCGUGCCGGCUGGACACGCGGCCGCUGGCGGUGUCGCUGGUGGCGGGCGACGCGAAGCUGCCGAUGGCGGCGGGCCGCGUGCCGCUGCAGGCGCUGUCCGACGCCGCGCGCCGCGCCUCUUCCGCCAAGUCCUCGCUGCCCGACGCCUGCGCCUUCCAGCAAGAGGUGGUGCUGAAGCCGACGGGGCGGCUGCGGCUGCUGGUGCGGCUGUCGUGCCUGGGCCCGGCGGUGGUGACGCAGUUCCAGCUGAGCGGCCAGCCCGACCGCGCGCUGUUCCGCGGCUGCGAGCCCGAUUGGCGCUCCGUCUGCCCAGACACGGGGGCGGGCGCGCCGAAGUUGACGCGGCUGCCGCUGCGCGCGCUGCUGUGCACGGGAGUUCGCGAAGAACCCAGGCUGGCGCCGCUCAAGCCCAUGGAGCCCACCGCCGUCGCCGCCAAGUGCGAGUGCCAGGAGCUCCUCGAGGCCCCCCCGCCCAAGGACAGCAGGGCGUACGUGGGGCCGAGCGUGCCGCGUAUACCGCUGGUGCAGACGUCGGCUCCACGCCUCAUGCAUCCACACGUACGCUGCGACACGACGGGCAAGCUGUCGCCCGCCUACCUGGGAGCCGCCGCACCCGGCUUUGUGGGGACGCUGGCCUCGAAGCUGCAUCCCCGCGUCAGGUACGACACGACGGGGCGGCUGUCUCCGUACUUCCAAGGCCUGCCCGGGCCGCCGCUGCCGAAUCGGCUGCGCGUGCGCUACGACACGACGGGCAAACUGUCACCCGCCUAUCAGCGGCCUCUGCCGUCGCCCACCAUCCUGAAGCUGCCGCCGCUCGUCUUCGAAAAGGUGCCCGCCCCAACCCAAAAGCAGCACCCCAAGGUCAGGUACGACACGACAGGCAGGCUGUCGCCGUGGUGCAUGGACAGGGUGGCCAUCCGCUGCGACACGACGAGCUGCAUGUCGCCCGCCUUCCAGACCGCCACCACGUCGCCUCCCGAGUACGUGCCUCCGACACCUCUUCGCGAAGAAGAGAGCGAGAAUGAAGAAGAAGAGGAGGAAGUGGCGGAGGCAGUGGCGACUCCUUGGCCACCCGUCAGGUACGAUACGACGGGUCUGCUGUCGCCCGCCUACGUGGCGCCGGAGGAAUCCGACGACGAGGGCGGCGAACAGGUGUUAAUGCAGGCCGAGGAGCCGGCGGUCCGCGAGCAGACCAAGUUCGCGCAGGCCGACCAGCUUGUCAACGAGGCGGGAGACGCAGGUCGCUUCCAGCAGAGGGACACGAGGACUUCACCGUCUACUAUGACGGGAGACCAGAAACCCAAGAAGCGUUCUCGGCCGCGACGCACGUCGCCGUCGCAGCAGACGGAACAGGCUCCCACCUCGCCCAUGCCGUCGCAACGGCCAGAGUCCGGCGACUCGGACUGGGUGGACCCGCUGCAGACUGAGCCGGCGGACACGGAGGCGGCGGUGGAGCUACUGAAACGGCUGUCGCACCAACGGAAGGUGAGCCGCAGGGGUAAGCGGCGGAAGCGGCGCGAGAAGGAACCCAAGGCGCGCGGCAUCUCGGCCAAGCACCUCCGAGAGCUCACCUACCCCAUCGAGCAAACCGUCCAUACGGUGUGCAUCGACGCGCGGCCGCAUGUGCCGCACCGUAUGGGCUGGCUGUGGAACCUCAACGACCUGGGCGACAACCUCAGGGCGCGGCCCAACUGGAAGCCGGGCGCGGUGACGCGGUCGGUGAGCCGCAUCCUGCGCCUGCACAGCGCGACCCCGCAGCAGGCGCACAGCACGGCGACGCGCACGCACCGGCGCGGCCAGAUGGGCGCGCCCGCCGACCUGGGCCCCCUGGGGCCGACGUUGGUGCUGGGCCGGCGCGGCCGCCAGUACACGGUCGCCGUCAAGCCGGCGCGCGCCGGCCACGGGGAGACCGUCAACGAGCCGCUGCAGUUCACCGUGCCGCGGCCCUCGUCCUCCUCUUCCUCCAGAUACACGCUCGAAACCAGCAGCUCCUCUGGGCUCGAGGUCGAGUUCCUCGCUCCAUGCAAUUUCCCACCUCCACGGGGACCGCCCCAGUUGCGUACACGAGAGGUACAGUGUUACGGUCCAAACCCUUCAUUACGUAAAAGUAGUGACAAUAAGGGUAAGAAGAAAAAAGGCGAGAAAAAGGCCGCUGCUCUCUGACAACCUAGUGCCUUCUCUGCGUAACUGCUGGACGUACUCAUCCUGUAAGCAUCAAGGAAAAAUGCAGAAGAAGCAAUACAUUGUUGAUUGUUAUUCUCAUUUACAAACAUCAUUUGAGACCAGAAGGAUUUGGUGUGUUUUUAUUAUGACAUUCCAUCUACAAUUUACUUUACAUAAAGAAUGCAGAAGAAACAGUGCACUGUUGAUUGUCAUUCUCAUUUACAGUCAUUGUUUGAGACCAGAAGGCUUUGUUUCAGUUACUUGCCAGUACACAGUAGACUGAUCAAGCAGGCCUUGUCAGGAAAGGACUUUUGUGAGCAUGAAGUGAUGGGAAUGAGGCAGCAUGAAACUUUAUGUGUAUGGGUAGAGAGUGAAUGGCACUCUAAUAUAACUCUAGUGAAACUAUGUUUCUAACAUGUUUAUACAUUCUGCAUAAUUUGACAUGUUUAAUAUUUUGUAAAAUUCUACCUAUCUCAUCCUUGUACACACACACUAUCAUAUCAUUCAUGGUUAAUAAAAUGAUUAGCUGAAACA